AUGGCUGAGGCUUUGCUCAUCCCUGCAGCCAAUGUAAUCCUGAGUAGGUUGCUACCCCUAGCAACCAACCAGAUUAACCUAGCAUGGGGUUUCAAAGAAGACCUCGAAAAACUCCGCAAAAGGUUGGAAAUCAUUCAGGGUUUGUUAGAAAUCGGUGGCUCCGAGGAAAGCAAAAUUUUAGUUACAACCCAUAGUAGGGAAGUUGUACAAGCACUACAAGAUUUACAGUCUUGCACCCAUGAGUUGACGGAACUAUCGAAAGAGGAUUGUUGGACAAUGUUUAGGAACAAAGUAUUUGCCAAUGGAGGUCCAAGAGAAACUCAAACUUUAUUAGAUAUUGGUAGAAGAAUGGUAGAGAAGUGUAAGGGCGUGCCAUUAGCGAUAAACAUAUUAGGUGGUUUACUUUACUCAAAGCAGAAUGAACAAGAUUGGGAGUCCAUCGAGAAGAGUGAACUAUGGAGUUCCCCAAAAAGUAAAGAUAGAAUUCUUAUAGUAUUGAGGCUAAGUUUCGGCCAUUUAUCGUCACCAUCUUUGAAACAAUCGUUUGCAUAUUGUUCUAUUUUUCCAAAAGACCACGUCAUUUCAAAGGAUGAGUUGAUUCAACUUUGGAUGGGUCUAGGAUAUCUUCAACCUUCUUCAAAAAGCAAGUUGGAAAUGGAAGAGUUAGGCAAUGAGUAUUUUAAUACUUUAUGGCUCAAUUUGUUAUUCCAAGAAGUGGAAUUUGACGAGUACAACAAUAUCACAAGUUGCAAGAUGCAUGAUCUUGUACAUGAUCUUGCACUCCAUGUCUCACAAGGUACUUGUUUGACUUUGGAAGCUAGUGAGGUGAAAAAAAAUCCUGAUGUUCUACAUCUGUGUUUGUUUUUACGGGAAGAAAAACAGUUAGAUAUUCUAAAAGAAAAUGUUGAAAAAUUGAGGACACUAUUUUUAAUGGGACAUCUUCCCCAACACACCAAAGAUUUUAAGAGUAUUUGUGCCCUGCGUUUAGCAAAAUUUGGGGUGGAAGAAGAAUCUUGUUCAAUAUCCAAGUCUAUACAUUUAAGAUUCCUUGACCUCAACGAAGAAAAUUAUUAUGAUCUUGAAGAUGUAGAGAAUUAUUAUGAUCUUGAAGAUGAAGAUAAUCAUCAUGAUAGGAGGAAACUGAUGCCAAUGAAGAUAGGAAAGUUGACAUCUUUGCAAACAUUACCAUUCUUUGUUGUGGGUAAGAAGAGUGGCCAUAGAAUUGAGGAGUUAGGUAGCUUAAGCAAACUAAGUGGUAAAUUGCAUGUAUAUGAUCUACAGCACGUGAAAGACAAGGAAGAAGCAAAGAAGGCUAAAAUAUUAGAGAAAUCAGGCAUUCAAGAGUUGAAAUUGCAUUGGCACAGAGACCUUGGAGACUCUGAAAUGUCCAACAAUAACCAUGAGGAUGUGUUGGAAGGACUCAAGCCUCACCGGAAUAUUAAGGGAUUAAUACUUAUAAAUUUUGAAGGAAGAAGAUUGCCGCCAUGGAUGAGUACAAAUGCCCGCUUGCUUCAAAAUUUGGUGAAGAUCGAGUUGGAAGGCUGCAUAUCAUGUGAGCAAGUCCCUGCGCUCGGACACCUUCCGCAUCUUGCGACUAUCGUAAUGAAGGGUUUGCAUAACUUGAAGCAUAUUGGUCCCAUAUUUUAUGGACUAGAUGAAGGGAUUGUUGGUAGUUGCAGUAGUAGUGGGGUAGCAACUGCAAGGGUAUUUCCAGCUUUAAGGAAAUUCAAACUUUUUGAUAUGCCCCACUAG